AUGUUAGUGGGACUAGAUGUUAAUGUGCGCUUUCACAAGAUUACAGAUUUUGAAUAUACAGUAGCAUGUGCAGUAUUUGAUAUGCUGGAUAUUAUAUUGGUACAUGGAUGGCUAUUGGAUGAACAAGAUGAUGUGACAAUGAAAGUGGUCGGGAACAAAUCGUACAAUGAACUGAUUGAACGGUUGGUGGAUUAUCGUGGUGUAAUCAUGACGGAAGAAGCAAACAACAAUGUCGCAUCGAAAGUGGAGAAUCAGGAAGACGUAGCGCCGUCGUCAGAUACUGCAGUGCAGUCAGAGGAAGAAGAGGAGGGAAAACCUCAGACGGAUUCUCUUCCGGUGCCAUUAGGGACCGAUGUAACGGGAUUCCAGAACCUAUCGAUUGAUGAUAAUGCUACAGCUGAUGUAUUAAAUAUAGCGGGGCCCUGUAACUCGACUACGUCAAGGUCGUCUCCAAAAAAGUGUCUGUCACAGCAAACUGUUCAGGCCAUGAUGAAGGAGCGUCAUAUCAGCGACACUGAUGCAUUGGAUACAGCAAGAACGCUUUUGGAAGAAGGUCCAGUUCUUGAGAAUUUUUUUAACUCGACGGCUAGCCAACUCACAUACUAUGGGCUGAUUAAGCUGCACGAAGGUCUUCGAGAACGUCAGCUUUGUGUUUUCUUUCGCAACAACCAUUUCUCUACUCUUUUCAAGUUUGACGGCGCGCUGUAUUUGUUAGUCACGGAUGCUGGAUACCUUGACGAACCUACGGUAGUGUGGGAGCUACUGAACGAAAUCGACGGUGACACUGAGUAUCUUGAUGCACAAUUUCGACCCGUAACGUUUUCCGAGCAACAGAAAAGCAUAUUCACACAGCAGCAGCGGCAGCGAGAGCAAGAAAAGGAAGAACAACAGGCAUUACAAAGUGCUCGGGCCUUAAGUCUUACUAGCUGUGUUCCUCAUAAUAAUGUGGAGCAAGGUGUAAACAACGGGAGCGAUACUCAAGCUAGUGGGCUGACAGUAAGUGGCGGGCUGCCCGGGGUCUAUGCCGAACAAACUGCCAACAAUGUCGAUCCAGACUAUUUGUUGGCGCUGAAGUUUCAGCAGGAAGAAGAGAAAGCAGCACGCGGGAACAAGCUGGUAACAUCUCGACACUUGCAGCCAAUUGGAACCGAUAACGAUGAUGUCAAUGCUGUGAAACAAGCUCAAGCAGGAAAUGGUAAAUCAGAAGAGAAUGUCACUCGAAAUGAUAACAACGGGCAAGCUGAUAACGGCACUUCCAUAACGAGUGUGAGCGCAUUCGUCCCUGUUGCGUCUGAUGUGCAAAUGAUGAUUUCGGACGAGGAACUGGAGGCCCAGCGGCAGGCAGAGCAAUACUAUCAGGAACAAAAGCGGAAAAUCGAUGCAGAGACACGUCAGUACCAGCGUGAGCAAGAGCAAAUACACCAGCAACAAUUGCAGCAGCAACAAAUGCGUAGUGGUCAACGACGGAAGGCCUCGGACGGUAGUGACUGUACGAUAUCGUGA